GGUGCCGCCAUGCCCCGGGACAACAUGGCCUCCCUGAUCCAGCGGGUGGCGCGGCAGGCGCGGAUCACAUUCCGCAGCCCGGCGGGCCCGGCCUUCGGGGAGAACCUGCACCGGCUGCAGCAGCUGUUGGACGAGGUGCGCGCCGAGGACUUGCACUUGGCGCCGCGGGGGCCGUCGGCGGUGGCGGCGGGCGGGGGGUUGCCGUGGGCCGGCGUGGUGCCGCCCGUCAGCUAUAUGCACAUCUGCGAGACGGAGAGCUUCAGCAUGGGCGUGUUCCUGCUGCGGAGCGGCGCCUGCAUCCCGCUGCACGACCACCCGGGCAUGAACGGCAUGCUGAAGGUGCUCUACGGCACGCUGCGUAUCGCCUGCCUGGACACGCUGCCCCCCACCACCGCCGCCCCGCCGCCCGCCGCCGCCGGCGGGCCCUGCCACCGCGCCCUGUACCGCUCCCGCCAGCACUACACGCCGGCCUCCCCGCCCUGCCUCCUCUCGCCGCACACCGACAACCUCCACCAGAUCGACGCCGUGGACGGGCCCGCCGCCUUCCUCGACAUCCUGGCGCCGCCCUACGACCCCCAGCACGGCCGGGACUGCCACUACUACCGCCUGCUGGAGGGGCCGCCGGCUGGCGCCGAGCCGCCCGGGCUGCCGCGGGAGGUCUGGUUGAUGGAGACCCCGCAGGCCGCCGACUUCUGGUGCGGGGGUGAACCCUAUCCCGGGCCCCGCGUCUGCCUCUGAGGCGGCCCGGGCCCAGCGGCGGCCCGUGGGACCGAUGGGACGGUUGGCGGGAGCCUUCCGCCAGCCCGGCCGCCUUCUCCCGCUCCAAGCCCCGGCGGGCAGUGCCGACUGGACCACGGCUCCGCCUUGCCCGUUGUCCCGUGUCCGGGCGGCGGGACGGGGGGUGCUGGCUGGGACUCCCCGGGAACGCUGCGAUGCCUAGCCGGUCUCUUUCACAGGCCUGCCCGGCUGUGUGUCGGGGGCAGUAAAGCGCUUCUGUGCUUAUCUCCUGUGGGCUGACGUGGAGGAGUAGCACGGUUAAACUUUUACUCAACUGAAUGGCUGGGGGAAAAUAAUGCAGCAUCCUGUGUAAAUAGUGUGUCUGCUGUGUGUCAGCCGAGGGGGAUCGGGCUCCAUCAGGGAGAGCGAAUGCAAUAAGAAUUGUCACGGGACACCCAGCCUUUUUCCACCACCAGAGCCAGCUGGCACUGGUUGGGCAAAUGGAGCGUGCCCACCCAGCCUGGGUAGGGAGCUGCUCUGUCUGCAGCUUUUUGGGACUUCAUCUCCAGAGCAAGUCUCAGCAAGAACCUGCUAGCAAAAACCCAAACCCAGAAUAACACCUGAGGCAGGAUGUGCUUGUCCAGUAAAUGCCAGCGAUCCCCAGGGCUGUUAAAGGAAUCCCUGCUCCGAAGGGACACUAUCAGGUUUAGAAUUACUUAAUGGUUCCUUAAAUUGUUGAAUGUAAGAUCUUGAUAUUGCAACUCAGAUCUACAGAGUCUAUGCAUCUUUCCUUCAAGUAGGAGAAGGAGACUGAUCAGCUGCUAACUAACCGCACUGGGAACCUCUUGUGCAGCAGUGGCAGAUGGUAGCAGAAACUGAGCAUCUUAAAAGGAAAAACCAACUAUCCACUGUUGUGUUGUGGAAACUACUCUAGAAACACGAUGUAUUUGCAAACCCUAUAUACAGCAGCACACAUAACCUAUGUACAGAUAAGGUUUGACCUGAUGUCUUUUCUUUCAAGCGUGGUCUGUGUUUUCAUGCAGACAAGUAAACGCUUUGGGCUUCUGAAGCCUUGUGGUUUCCCUCUUUGUACUAUUUAUAAAGACUACUUUUUCAUAACACUUUUAAAAACACGUAGCAUAAAAGAGACACCACGAAUUUCGCCUUGCUAUGAUGAAAGCACUCUGGAGAUGCAGUUUGUCUACAGCAGGGGAUGCAGUCUUUCUAAGAAGGGAGAAACUUUCUGUAGUUGAAAUACUCUGAACUGCAAGGAUUGGUCUUGUGCCUGUUUGUCCUAAUGCACACUUUGUACCACAAACCCAGGCUGGGGUGGCUUGGCCCUCUUGGUCAAGAUGUGGAAAUUUGAAUAAGAAAACACGACUUACCAACCUUUGAAGUGAUGUACCAAGCCACUCCAGAAAUCAUUCCACAACUGGCUUUAAUUUUUUGUUAUGUAUUUAUAAAAGCAGACUUGUUUUUCCUGUACCAUGGCUUGUAUGUGUAAAGUUUUAAAUUUUUAAAUGAUCCUGACACAGCAUUGGGUUUUUUGUUGGUUUGUUUUUUUGUUUGUUUGUUUGUUUGUUUUUUGGUUUUUUUUUUGGCCUGUGAAAGAAUGAAUGUAAAACAUAGUCAGUGUUAUGCAUGCACAAAAGAUUAAUUCUUUUGCAAGGAAAAAAUAGUGGAUAUUAUUUCAAGCGAUCUCCAUUUAUUCUCGCAGCACUUUAAAGUGUCUGAUAUUUCUGUAGCUGGCUUACCUGUUUUUCCUGGAAUUCCCCUGCAGCUUAGCAUUAGUUAAUGUGCAACAAUUCUCUGUCGAACCUAGUCAUUAUAACACAAUGCUUCCCUAUGUUACAGGCUGUUUCCAGCUCUCUCCGAUGCUAAUGAAGACCAUCAUGUUUUUUCAGAAGUCCACAAAGAUAGCGUGGUGCAUGCAAGCAGCUGUACUGGAAAAACAAACUGUAACAGAGAGCAUUUUUUAAUCUCAUCUGUUCUGUCCUCCCCUUAGGUCUUUCUGUUUGGUUAUGGAUUAUUUUUCUCCACAUGUGAAACCUAGUCAGGAUGUUUAAUGGGAUAGGGCUUUAAUGCAUCUUUUCAUAGAGGACAGCAUGCCUCCUUACACUGCAGAGUGUUGUUAACAGUUGUGGCAAAACCUUUCUAAUAAACAUAGCAUCAGAACAUUAAAGCUGGGAAAAGUAGCAAAGAAAACCUGAGAUGCAUUGAAGAAAAGCCUCUUUGUGUAAUUUCUUGCUUACUCAGUAACAAACUUCAUAUGUUCUAGAUACCUGUAAGCAGAAGGUUUAAGUCUGUAAUGCUGUUCCUUCUCUCUGCAGUCUGGUUAUUGUGUUUUCACAACAGCAAAAUUACUGUUAUUGCUGAAUUACAGAAUAAAUACAAGGUAUCUCA